UGAUGGAAGCACAUUUAACGGCAGUGUUAUGGCGACGCACGGAGGCAGUUUUGAAAGUGUUAACAGCAUCAAAGUCCGAAAAGAAUACAAACGUAAAGCCAGGGAGGAGGUUAUUCAGAAGGCUAAGCAGCAGUAUGAGAAGGAGGAGAAAAGGAAGGAGCUGAAGAGACAGCGAGGAGAGGACACCUGGAUGCUCCCUGAAGUUGACCUCCGACUGCAGCAGCUAGAACAGGAGGUUUCAGGCAAGAAGAAGAAAGAGAAAAAGGCCAAGAAGAUUAAGAAGAAGAGGAAGAAGGAGGAGAAGAAGAAGAGAGCUGAAGGAAGAGAUGGGUCCAGCUCAGAGGGGACAGGAAAUGAGUGGGUUGAGGCCCAGCCCCAGACAGAGGCCUCGAGUAAAGCCUGGAAGAUUCCUGCCAAGUCCGAGGCCAAGUCCACAGACAACAGCCCUACCCCACCCGAGAACAACCAGAGAGAUGAGUGGAUGACCUUUGACUUCUUGACAAUGAGAACAACGUCAACAGCAGAGAAGAGGGCUGAGAAAGAAAGGUUGAAAGAGGAAGAGAAACAGAAGGCCUGGGUCAUCGAGCAGGCUGGUCUGCACAAGCUGGAGUUGAAUCCGUUCUGGAAGGACGGGGGGAGUGGCCUGCCCCCAGAAGAGAAGGCCAGUAAUGUGCUUGUAAAAGCUGCAACUGUAGAUGAUGGAGGACUAGGUUGGCUCAGGAAGUCUUACCAGAGGAUGAGAGAGCAGGCAGAGCGAGAGCAACGCAGUCUGGAGGUCAUAGUGGCAGAGCGAUAUGGGUCCAUGGAGAAGUUUCAGAAGAGGAUGUAUGAGGCUGAGAUUGCUGUGUAUGGCUACAAGAGAGGAGAGGGGGAAGGGAGAGGAGAGGAAGAGGGGAGAGACCGACAAAGAUGGAGGAGAGGACAGGAAGAUGGAAUGUGGAGGAAAGGAGAAGUGGGGAUGGAUAGAGAGAGGUGGAGGAGACCAGACAAGGGUAGAGACUUACCUGGAGAGAAAGAGAGGGAUGGAGAAAGAGAUGGAGAGAGGGAAAGAGAUCGUCACCGAGACAGAGAUCGGGAUAGGAACAGAGCUAGAGAUGGAGACAGCGAGCGGGAUGGCGGUAGACCUAGUGACAGGGAUAGAGAGAGGGCUGGAGGUCGACCUAGUGACCGGGAUAGAGAGAGGGCCGGAGGGAGAGAGCGGGAUGGAGGUAGACCUAGUGACCAGGAAAGAGAGAGAGCUGGAGGCAGAGGGAGGGAUGGAGGUAGACCUAGUGACAGGGAUAGAGAGAGGGGUGGAGGCAGAGAGAGGGACAGACACAGAGAGAGGGGUGGGGAUGAGAGCCUUGGCUCUGGGCUUGGCCAGAUUCAGCCUCCCCUGUCCCUCGGAGCUCUGAAAAGUCGCUUCCUCAAGCCUGCUGAUGACGAUGAUGAUGGAGUGUCAGCCCCUGCUCCGGCCAGAGCUUCCAUGGGUUUCCUGAAACCUGGGUCUGACAUUGAGGAGUUGGAUCUGAAGAGCAGCGGUCCGGCCUGGAGCAAGAGCAGCUCCGGACAGAGAUCUGCUUCAGGAAAAUCGGAGCAGGAUAAAGAGAGGGAGUCUGGGAAAACCAUGUCUACUCCUGACCAGUGUCAUAGCAGCAACAGGCUUGUAGUGACAUCAUCCAGAUCUGACAGCAGUAGUGACAGUUUGAGUGAGGAGGAGGAAGAGGUACCGAUCCUCACAGAUGAAGAGAUGAACAAAUUGGGGGCCAGGCUGGUGAAGGCAGAGAUUAUGGGUAACACGGCUCUGAUGGAGAAACUGAAGACUCAGCUGGAAUCAGCCCGUAAUGCCAAGGAGAAACGUGCCGCACAGCAACCUGGGAAAUCGGACAGGGUUCCAGGUCAAACAGAGGAGGACCAGGAAGUACUUCUCUUCAGAACAGACCAAUCGGGUCGCGCCUGGCCGGUUAAUGCCUCUUCGGAACCCCAGGAGCCCAGAGGAAGACAUAGGAAAAAGAAGGUGAUUGAGACCCACAGGGAUGGGGAGCGUAUGAGAUAUUUCCAGGAUGAUGACAGUGUGGGUCUUCAUGAGAUGGUCCGCAGGGAGAAGAUGAGCUCUGCAGAGGACCAGAACUCCCUCUACGCACGCAUGGCUGGCAAGAUGAUGGGGAAGACAGACGAUGACAACUACACCCUGGAUGACAUGUUUGUUUCCAGCGUGGCUCAGAGAGAGGGCGAGGGGCGGGACGAGGAGAGGAUGAGGAGCAGAGCCAUAGCGGAGCACAGGCGACUGGCCGUUACCAUGGAGAAAUGCCAUCACUGCUUCAGCAACCCCGAGCUCCAGAAACACCUGCUCAUCGCCAUAGGAACAAAGGUGUAUCUGAGCCUGCCUGGGGGUGUGUCUCUGACAGAGGGUCACUGUCUGAUCACUCCACUGCAACACCACUGCUCUGCCACUGGAUUGGAUGAGGACGUGUGGACCGAGAUCCAGGUGUUCCGCAGGGCGCUGGUACAGAUGUUUGAGUCUCAGGAUCAGGACUGUGUGUUUAUGGAGACACACAUGAACCCAAAGAGACGCCAGCACAUGGUCCUGGAGUGUAUCCCUCUACCCAGAGAACUGGGAGACAUGGCUCCUAUCUACUUUAAGAAAGCCAUCAUGGAAUGUGAUGAGGAGUGGGCAAUGAAUAAGAAGGUAGUGGAUCUCUCCUCCAAAGACAUCCGCCACGCUGUGCCGCGGGGUCUGCCAUAUUUCUCAGUAGACUUUGGUCUUCAGGGCGGCUUUGCUCACGUCAUUGAAAACGAACACAAGUUUCCCCACUACUUUGGCAAGGAGAUUGUUGGGGGGAUGUUGGACGUGGAGCCGAGGAUAUGGAGGAAGUCCAUCAGAGAGAACUUUGACGACCAGCGGAAGAAAGUCCUUGAGUUCUCCCAGUGGUGGAAACCCUUCGACUGCACCAAGACGGACAGCUGAACCAACCAACCAACACAUCUCAAUAAACCCCGAGCCCCUGAAAAUAUACAGUAGAUGUAACUGCAAGCCAUAUGGCGUUAGCCCCCUUCUGCGUUAGCCCCCUUCUGCGUUAGCCCCCUUCUGCGUUAGCCCCCUUCUGCGUUAGCCCCCUUCUGCGUUAGCCCCCUUCUGCGUUAGCCCCCUUCUGCGUUAGCCCCCCUUCUGCGUUAGCCCCCCUUCUGCGUUAGCCCCUUGUCUUCUGAGACUGACUGCUUUAUAAUCCUCUGAUCCUGUCAACACAUUGUUUUACUCUGAGAUUAUUCUGAUUAAAUACGGGCAGAAGGCUAUAAAAUAACUAUUUUAGAAGCUGAUGUACAACUGUUGUGUAUGUUGAGAUGCGUUGUUUUACGAUCUUAAAAAUAAAUGAAUAUGAUCCUU